AUGGGAUCAAUGGCUCAGAAGUCGGUUUUGAUGUUAUGCGGAGAGUUCAUGGAAGCUUACGAGACCAUCGUACCUCUCUACGUCCUCCAAGCGUUUGGCGUUAGCGUCCACUGCGUUUCUCCUGGCUACAAAACUGGCGACAAGUGCGUCAUGGCGGCUCACGAUCUUCUCGGCCUCGAGGCAUAUAGUUUCUCUAAUCUUUCACUUUUUUCUUCAUUUUUAUACUCCGAGUUGGUGGUCGAUCAUCUAACACUAAACGCAAACUUCGAUGAAGUCAUCCCCGAGCAAUACGACGCCAUCAUCGUUCCCGGUGGACGUUUCACGGAACUUUUGAGCACCGACGAGAAAUGCGUGAGCCUCGUGGCUCGAUUCGCCGAGCUUAAGAAGCUUGUCCUAACGAGCUGCCACAGCCAGCUGUUGCUCGCGGCGGCGGGUCUACUCACCGGUGGAAUGAAGUGCACGGCGUUCGAAAGCAUGAAACCGUUGAUCGAGCUCUCUGGUGGCGCGUGGUGGCAACAGGCCGGAGUCCAGACCCUGUUAGACAUCACCGAUUGUGUCACGGACGGGAAUUUCGUUUCCACCAUGGGGUGGCCAACGCUUGGCCACACUCUGAGAGUUUUGUUAGAAGCACUCGGCUCUAAGAUCUCUUGCUCCAAGGAGACUCAGCCUUCUUUGCUUUUCUUGAUUGGGGACUGUGUUGAAGAUUAUAGUAUCAACGUACCAUUUAAGGCGUUUCAAGCAUUGGGAUGUAAAGUGGACGCAGUGACACCAAACAAGAAGAAAGGUGAUAAAUGCGGUACUAUCGUUCACGACCUAGAGAACGGACGGCGACUUCCUACUGAGAAGAUCGGUCACAACUUCUAUGUGACCAUUGCGUGGGAAGAUGUCUCUGUGGAUGAUUACGACUGCAUUGUGGUUCCCGGAGGAAGAUCGCCGGAGCUCUUGGUGAUGAACGACAAUGCCGUCGGAUUAGUCAAGAAGUUUGUUGAGAAAGAAAAGUUUGUUGCUGCCAUUGGAAUGGGAAAUUGGCUACUUGCCGCUACCGGCGCUCUCAAGAAAAAGAGAUGUGCAAGUGGUUAUGGGACAAAGGUGGCCGUGAAGGUUGCUGGUGGUCAGAUCGUGGAAUCAGAGAGGUGUGUGACCGACGACAAGCUGGUCACAGCGGCAGCAACUUCUGAUCUCCCUGCCUUUUUAUACGCAUUAUCGACCGCACUUGGUCUCUCUGUUGUAUUCUAA